AUGGUUGGAGUUCCAGGACGAUCCAAAGGUUGCAACACGUGUCGCAAACGUAAAAAGGGAUGUGACGUUCAACGUCCAGAAUGCGGACAGUGUCUGAAGGCAGGACUGAAAUGUGAAGGAUAUGAGCGGAAGCGCAUAUUCGUCAACGUAACGAACCCUGCCGCCAGCAAAAGCUCCAAAACGGCGGCCCUGAUCCCCGUCAUACCUAGCAUUGUACAAGUGGCCUCCUUGUCCCGGUCCGCAUAUGAGGAAAAGAUUCUGGACAUGUUUUGGGAAGGCUUCAUGCCCAAUUUCCCAAUAUGUUCCCUCGAAAAUCCAAUUAUGAGGUAUUCCCAUGCAGAGUGGGCUGUGGCGGUUAAAGAUCUAUACACCACCGACGCUGUCUUGCGCCAGAGUUUAUUAUCGAUCAGCCUGGGAACCAUAGGUCGCCGCGACGAGCAGAAAUGGAUGAUUGACGAGGGACUAAAGUUCUAUUGCCAAGCUUUGAGUCAGAUGAACAGCGCACUACGACAUCCUGCGCGGUGGAAGUCGGAUGCUAUCAUGAUGGCUUCGAGAUUGCUUGGCUUCUACGAGCUUCUAUAUGGAGCAGAUGAUAGGGAGAGACGAGGCAUUUCUCAAGCCCAGAGUUGGGAAGGCCAUGUGAUGGGGGAGCUGGCUCUUGUGGUGCAACGAACGCCCGAAAGUCACAUUGAUGGCCAUGCACAUCUGCUCUUCUCUUCCGGCCGAAUGCCAUUAGCUAUAUCACACAUUAAACAGAGGCGCAGAUGUCCCCUAAGUCAACCUGUUUGGAAAACAGUUCCGUGGCAGUACCACCCGAAAUCUGCCAAAGAUUCUCUAGUAGACAUAUUCGUCGACAUCCCUGGCAUAUUGGAAGAUCUAGAUCUGUUUCGCAGUUGCGAUGAAGGACCUGAAAAGGAAGAAAGACAGAAGAAGCUGAUCAGAGAAUGUUGGCGCAUUGAUGCAGAGUUGAUGUCAUGGCUGGAUAGUUUAAGCCCACAAGAGGAAUUCAAAGCCCUUGAAGCGCGAGGGUUAGAGAACCCAACAACCUGCGAUGUUGUUGUGGCAUCGGCCAUGUGCCUUUUCUGGACAACUUGCAUCUUGGCAUACAGCACGCUCCGAAUGGCCUUUGGCCCAAACCCAGGCGUUGAGCUGCCAGAACGAACCAAUCCCCGGAUUUACUGCACAAAGAUCGCGAACAUGGUCGAUGUACUUUUCCACCCAGCUGCAGGGACUUAUGGAAUUCAGUCCGCGCCGUUGCCGAUUGGUAUGUCUCUGGUAUACCUGAACUCGACAGAAGAGGGCUUCAACUCUCAAGAGAAAAAGAAGCUCGUUAGCUUCUUCGGGAAACGGGCCAACAAUGGGAUUGCAAUUGGCAAAUUCCUAGUUAGCACCCAAAGAGAUGGCAUAGUGCCAAGGGGCGCGGCCCAAUCUCCAACUCCUGAGGCUAUUAAGGCCAAGGCCAUCAAGUGGAUAGGUGCUGUGGAAUGA